AUGGCAGGAAGAGCAGCACCAAGUUCAAAGGCUUUCAAUCCUAAACAAUACGAGCGUCCAGGCCUCACUGAAGAUGAAAUCGAAGAAAUAAAAGAAGCCUUCGACUUAUUCGACACUGAUGGAUCUGGGACCAUCGACCCUAGAGAAUUAACCUCUGCCAUGCAAUCCCUUGGCUUCGAAGCCAAGAACCAAACCAUUUACCAAAUGGUCAGUGAUUUAGACAAAGACGGCUCAGGAGCUAUUGACUUCGACGAGUUUCUUGACAUGAUGACUGCAAGAAUGAGCGAUAAGGACACCAGAGAAGAUAUCCAAAAGGUCUUCAGACUUUUCGAUGACGAUAAAACUGGAACCAUCAGCAUAAAAAACCUUAGAAGAGUCGCCAAAGAACUUGGAGAAACAAUGACUGAUGAAGAGCUGCUUGAAAUGAUUGAGAGAGCUGAUAGUGAUGGAGAUGGACAAGUCUCUUUUGAAGACUUCUACAACAUCAUGACCAAGAAAGCUUUCCCUUAA